AUGUAUAAUUAUGAUUAAUUCGUAAAUUUUUAAUUUAAAGUCUAUGAUGAUUUUAUAAUUGCUAAAUAUGAAAGCACAAUUUGUCUGAUAAAUAUUUACACAACUGAAAAUAUUGUAAAGUAAUUCGAUUUUAAUAUAAAUAAUUUUGAUUUUAUUAAAGAUGAUGGCAAUAUUAUAUAAGUUAAUGGCGUAAAUUACUUUCUAAUCCUUGAUACUAAGCUGAAUAUUAUUUAAUACAUUUUUAAUUAUUCAAAAGAAUACGACUUAGCUUGUUCUAAUUUUAAACUUCAAAUUGCUUGCUAUAAUGACAUUUUUUCUUUUGAAGAAGGAUUUAUUUUAAUAUAUCAUAAAGUCUAAAAAUUUACUUAAUAUAUACAGCUUGGAUAGAGUACUUCUGAUUAUUCAGCCCUUUUUGAUUAAGAGUUUGAAAAUAUUUAUAUUUUAAGUGUUGUAAAUAAAAAUUAUAGAGUUUACAGUUCUAGUGGAGUUUUGAAGUAGACUUUUGAGAAAAUUAAUAGUGUUUGCAAACUUUUUACAUAAAAAAUGUUAUGUGAAUCUGAAAAUAAUAGCUUACUUAUAAUUGACAGGCUUAAUUUAGUAAUUGAAAAUUAGAUUAAACAUAUCAGAUAUAAAAGUUUUGAUGGUAUAGAAUUUAUUUAAAGCUUCAAUUAUUUAGUAUUUUUGCAUAAAGAUAACAUUUAAUAAAUUUCUGUAUAUGAUAUUACAGCUAAAAAAGAAAUUAAUCAAAUAAGAAUUAUGAAAUAAACACUUAGUAAUAAUAAUUUUAUAAACAAAUUUUAUUUAGAUUAAAUUUUAAGUAACUAUGUAAUGUUUUUAGAUUAAGAUGGAAUAUUUUAUAUUUCUUCCCUAGACCCUAAAUAUCCUUUUUAUAGCUAUCUUAAAACUUAUGAUUAUUAAGUAUGUUGUAAGCCCAGUAGCUUUGUAUUUGAUAGUUUAUCAAAUGAUAUUUAUUUUACAUAUUAAAGUACUCUGUACAAAGUCGAUUAUUAUUCAUUAGGUUAACAAAAUGAGCCAUAACUAAAUGAACCUUACAGUUUAUUUACCUAAUUAUAUAUUAAUAGCUAAUAAAAUGAUUAUUUAAUUUUGAAUUAAGGUGGUAUUCUCUUUAGAUAUUCAUAGCAGAAACUGUAAUUUGAGUUAUCUACAAUAAAUUCAAGAAUCAUUGAUAUAAAAUACAAUUAAAAAAAUGAUGUUUUAAUAUUAGGCUUAGUCGACUCUAUUUUGUUCUAUUAAUAAUACCAAUAAAGAUAAAAUAAAAAGUAAGACCCUUUUAUUUACUAACUUGACAGUAUCCAGUUUUAACAGUCUAUAACUGAUAAUAUUGUAAUUACUAAUGAUCAUUAAAUUUUGCAUUUAAAUUUAUUAAAAGGUUCUAUCAUGAAC